GUUCACAAGUAAGCAGAGAUCGGCCUGAUAGAUCAAGAUACGUCAGAUAUCCUCAGUUGUGAAAAAUCAUGGCAAGCAAGGCGACCAUCUUGAUUGUUGCUCUUCUCGGGCUCUGCUUGAUCCUUGCGGAUGCACGAUGCACCAAUUCAGAUUGUGACCCGGGCAAGAUCAAGAGUGUCACUGACGGUGGUGACGAUAAUGGUUUAUCAUGCAUAAGAGAUCGGACGACGGGCUGCAAUCCCAGUCAGCAUCCCCCAUGCUGCGAGGGCUACUGUGAGAAGAGAGAGUUCUAUGGACAGCCGUAUACCAUAUGCACGGCUUGCCCGUACGCCGAGAACCCAUAUAGGUGCAAACAAGAGUCCCAGCACGAAUGAAGUCAUCGGAGGCCGUGAUCUAGAGAGCAUACGCUGAAGAUGGAGCUGCCCUUGUGGGCACUGAUGAGGUUCAGGUUUAGGAUUCGAGGCGCACCUGCGGUACCGCAAGGCUUGCACAGUAGUCUAGCUGAAGGUUACUGGAGAGAAGAAUGCUAAAUGUAAGAAACGCUCACGACCAGUGUAUACUCUUUUUCGAGGCAUGAAAAGUACCGACCUCACCGAAGAAUUUCCCGUUCCCUUAGUUUUUUUUAUACUGUACGUCUGGAUCUUUCGAUUAGAGGAUUGCUUUCGCCGAAGUUUGUCGAAGUCCAAAUCUCAUUGUAUCGAACCGGAGUUAUAAAAUUACGAGCCGGUAAGAAUAGGACGUGGAAUGAAAGCUGUAACUGAUUCUGUCGUUGUCGAUGGGGGAAAUAAUCGGGAGAAAUUAUUUCAGCUUUUAAAGACGGCAAAGGGACGA